AUGGCCGUCGUCGGCAUUGAUCUCGGUGCGCUUCACAGCAAGAUCGGUGUUGCGAGACAUCGAGGCAUCGAUAUCAUCGUGAAUGAAGUCUCCAACCGCGCUACGCCUUCACUCGUUUCCUUCGGGCCCAAACAAAGAGCGAUCGGAGAAGCCGCAAAAACACUAGAGACUUCCAAUUUCCGUAACACCAUCGGAAGCUUGAAGCGACUUAUCGGACGGACAUUCUCGGACCCAGAGAUUCAAGAGUUUGAAAAGAAGUUCACCAAUGUCAAUCUCGUAGAUGUUGGAGGGACGGUCGGUAUCCAGGUCCAAUACUUGGGAGAGCAACGGACAUUCUCGAUCACUCAAGUUCUCGGAAUGUACUUGGGGAAGCUUCGCGAUAUCGCCGCGAAUGAGCUCAAAACGGGCGUGACUGACGUCGUCAUCACUGUCCCUGGAUGGUUCACUGACACACAACGUCGCGCCGUCCUCGAUGCGGCUCAGAUUGCGGGUCUCAACGUUCUUCGUCUUAUCAACGACACUACCGCCGUAGCCCUCGGUUAUGGAAUCACAAAAUCCGAUCUACCCGAGGCCGAAAACCCGCGUCAUGUCGUCUUCGUCGAUGUCGGCCAUUCCAGCACAUCAUGUGCGGUGGUGGCGUUUUCGAAGGGACAGCUCACCGUGAAGGCUGCUGCCUAUGACAGGCACUCCGGUGGUCGUGACAUCGACUACGCUCUCGUGCGACAUUUUGCAGCAGAAUUCAAGGAGAAAUACAAGAUCGAUGUACUCUCCAGUCCAAAGGCGACCUUCCGUUUGGCGGCAGGGUGCGAUAAGGUGAAGAAAGUGCUUUCCGCGAAUGCCGAGGCGCCACUGAAUGUCGAGUCGAUCAUGAACGAUAUCGAUGCUGCGAGUCGGCUGACACGAGACGAGUAUGAGGGCCUCAUCUCUGGCGUGUUGGACCGCAUCCCUGGUCCCAUGCAGCAGGCCCUGACGGAGUCUGGCCUGACUCUAGACCAGAUCGAUGCCAUCGAGCUCAUUGGUGGGGGCACGCGUAUUCCUGCUGUACGGGCGAAAAUUCAGUCGGUGUUUGAGGGCAAGACGCUAUCGACCACUCUCAACCAAGACGAGGCUGCGGCCCGUGGUGCGACUUUCGCGUGUGCCAUGCUCUCUCCCGUAUUCCGCGUACGCGAGUUCAGCAUGACCGAUAUUGCGUCAUAUUCGGUCAAGGUGCAAUGGGAGCGCCAGCAGGAUGACCAGGACGAUGAUACGGAAUUGAUAGUGUUCCCCAAAGGAAACAACGUCCCGUCGACGAAGGUGCUUACGUUCUACCGUAAAAACGCCUUUGAUAUCGAGGCACAGUACGCGGAUCCUGCUACACUUCCGGGUGGCAUCAACCCUUGGAUUGCAAGAUUCACGGCAAAGCAAGUCGGGCCCGACGAAAAAGGCGACUUUACGUGCAUAAAGCUGAAGACAAGGCUUAAUCAACACGGCGUCGUGUCGUUUGAGCAGGCGUAUGUGGAGGAAAUAGAGGAGAAGGAAGAGGCGAUGCAGGUUGAUGGUGAAGCAGAGGCACCCAAGAAGAAAGUCAUCAAGAGGAAGAAAGAUGUUCCUUUCGUCUGGGGUUCUACAUCUUUGGAUACCGCAAUUCUCGAGAAAUUCAAGGAGCAAGAGGCGCAGAUGCAUGCUGCCGAUAAGCUCGUCAUGGAUACCGAGGACCGUAAAAAUGCCCUUGAGGAGUAUGUGUACGACACCCGGGGACGUCUCGACGAACGCUACGCGCCGUAUGUGAAAGCACAGGAGAAGGAAACACUUCUCGCUGCUCUUUCACAAGCGGAAGACUGGCUCUACACCGAAGAGGGAGAGGAUGCGACCAAGUCUGCGUACGUUGAGCGGCUGGAUGCUCUCAAGAAGCUCGGAGACCCGAUCACAUUCCGCUUCCGCGAGGCUGAGGAGCGAUCCAAGGUGGUUAGCCAGCUGCGGGAGACGAUUAACAACUACAUGUCGCAGGCGUCGUCGGGCGAAGAGCGGUUUGCGCACAUUGACGAGAAGGACAAGCAGUCGAUCGUCGAAAAGUGCGCGACCAUCCAGAAGUGGCUGGAGGACCAAAUUGCGCGCCAGUCCGAGCGUCCGAAGGACGUCGACCCGGUACUGACGAGUGCUGAGGUGCUCAAGAGGAAGGACGAGAUUAUCUAUUUCGCCACCCCGAUCCUCACGAGGCCGAAGCCGAAGCCGCCAAAGGUGGAGGGUACGGAGACGCCGAAGAGCGGUACGGAGACACCCAAUGCCCAGCAGCAGCAGCCUACGCCAGAGGGUGCGAAAAAGGAUGAGGGCCCUUCGGAGAUGGACGUCGACUAG